UUUGUCUCCCAAAAAUUUAUGAGAGAGGGAGAUGGCAAACCAAAGUGGGAACUCAUGUAUAGUGUACCUCAAUAAGAUGAAACCUUAUUUGCUUAUGGUAGCCUUGCAAUUUGGCUCUGCAGGGAUGUACAUAAUCUGCAUGGCCACCCUCACCCAUGGGAUGAGCCGUUACGUUCUCGUUGUGUACCGCAAUGCGGUAGCUACGCUUGCUAUCGCGCCCUUUGCUCUGCUUCUUGAAAGGAAAGGAAGGCCAAAGUUGACAUUCUCAAUCUUCUUGAAGAUUAUGGCGCUAGGCUUUCUGGAGCCAAUUGUUGAUCAGAACUUAUCCUACUUGGGAAUGCAAUACACAUCAGCCUCAUAUGCAUCCGCCAUUAUGAAUGCUGUUCCGGCUGUUACUUUUGUUAUGGCGAUUAUUUUUCGAUUAGAGCACAUAAAAAUUAAGGAGACACGUACUCAAGCCAAGAUCAUUGGAACCCUGGUGACCUUUUCUGGAGCAUUGCUCAUGACUUUGUACAAGGGCCCCAUCAUCGAUAUAAUGCACUCACACAAAGCAAGUCACCAAGCAAACCACUCGUCCUCUAAACAUUGGCUCAUCGGAACAAUUUUGAUACUUAUGGGCUGUUGUGCUUGGUCUGCCUUUUUCAUAUUACAAUCCAUAACAAUUAAGGCAUACCCAGCUGAGCUCUCGCUUUCCACCUUGAUAUGCUUGAUGGGCACGGUCCAAAGUGCGGCUGUAGGGCUUAUAGCAGAGCGGAAGCCACGCACCUGGUCAAUUGGCUGGGACUCUAGGCUACUUGCUCCUGUUUAUACAGGUAUAAUCAGCUCUGGAAUAACAUACUAUGUGCAAGGCCUGGUGAUGAAGACGAAGGGCCCAGUGUUUGUAACAGCAUUCAACCCUCUUUGCAUGGUCAUCGUUGCUGCUCUGGGGUCUCUCAUUCUAGCUGAGGAGCUCCACCUAGGAAGUAUCAUUGGAGCCAUCAUCAUCGCUGUAGGCCUUUACUCGGUGGCGUGGGGCAAAAGCAAGGAUCAUUUCAGCCCAGCACCAUCAACAACAGGAGAAAAGACCGAUCCCUACCAGCUGCCCAUUUUGGCGACUGAGAACACCAAGUUGGUGAUUGAGGGAAGUAAUUACGAUGAUGAUGAAAAAGCUGCAAAAUCCAAAGUUGCAACAAAAUAACCAUCUGGUUUCUCUCCAGCUGGGGUCCUUCUGAUUAAUGUACGUCAAGCUAUUUAGCAGGCUUGCAUGUCCUAACUAGCUCCUAAUUAAUCAAGCCCCUCCUCCAUAUGUGUUGGUUUGAGCUUGCUAAAUUUGGUAUAAAUGACAAAUAUUAUAGUUGCCAGAU